AGCUCCUGCAGACCCGGUGACGCUGAUCACAUGCGGCGCAGUGUGAAGACGCGUCCACAUUGGGCGUUGGCGACUGGCGAGCGAAGAGACGAAUCAUGAACCAGCAGAGAUGCUGUGCGACCAUACACAGCCCAAACGGGCAGCGAGACACCAACACACCAGACGUACUGUACACGGGGACGCACGCACCGGCCCAGCAUGUCCUCUAUCACGUACAAACCACCUCAGAGCCCCAGACCCGACGUCUUGGCCCGGCCGUCGUCCGAUCGUGAUCACACCCCCGGGGAAUUAUUACGACUUCGCCCUGCCCGUCCUCUUCGGCGCGUCCGCAUACCAUUCCGGGACCUCGUUCGCUUUCGGCACGGCGCGCCUCCGCAGUUCUUUGAUCUCCUUCUCUUCCUCGAUCUCCCUCAGCCGCCGGCGCUCCUCCAUCUGCACCUCAAUCUCCCGCUCACGCGCACGGCGCGCCUCGUCGAACCGUUCGCGCUCCUUCGCGCGGACAUCCGUCGGGAACCCGACCUCCUGCGGCACCACGGGCACGAUGUGCUCGCGCCGCGCGGCGUGCGCGGCCUCCUGCGCGGCGUGCAUCGCCUUGAAGUCGGGGAUGGGCAGCUGCGCAUGUGACCGCGACUUGCUGUGGCCCAUGCUGCCAGUACCACCGCCAGCCGACUUCUCGAAGUCGGCCUUGCGCGCUUCUAUCCGCGCGUCAGAGUGGAAGUGGAACUCGAUCGGCUUCGUCGGUUUCGCGGGCGGAAGCGCCGAUGCCUAAAUUGCGAGAAGGGGGCGCGAAGCGGGCAGGGAAGGGAGGAGGAGGGAGAACGGUGUAUGAGCAUUCAUUCGGACCUUGUCGUUCGCACGCAAGAUGCGAUCGCGCGGAAACGUCUGUCAGCUCUGCAGGCCUGGAGCGCGCAAGCACCGGAGGCCUGCUGCUGCAGACGUGCAGAGAUGCUAGAUGCGAUGCGAUGAACAGCGGGACUCACCGGUCGCUCGAAGGUCGGCGUGGGCC